AGUACAUGUAUGUGUGUCUGCGUGUGUAUCCUCUCCCAACCAAGUUUUCUACAAUUAAGAAUCUUGUCCUCUAUCCCCGGAAUGGCAACAGCUGCCCCGAACCCAGAGGACUCGACCCGUGGUGGUGGAAGCGGUGGGUCCAGUUCGGCUAGCUCGCUCGCAGGGGAUGGGGACACGGAAGAGGCCGAGGAUUUCACGUCGUCCUCCCACUGCUCGGAGCUGUCUCGGCGGCAGAACGAGCAAAGGAAGCAAGGGCUUUUCUGUGAUGUGACAUUGGCAUUUAGCAGUGGUGCAGCAACAGCUCAAAGCUUUGAGCUGGCUGCCCACCGUUCUGUUUUAGCCGCUGCGACCGACUACUUCACGCCGCUGCUGAGUGGGCAGUUUUCUGAGUCGGUGUCUGGUCGUGUGGAGAUGAAAGAAUGGAGUUCAGAAAACGGGCCGGACCCUGAGACAGUUGAGAGUGUAAUUCAGUACAUGUAUACGGGCGAGAUCCGAGUCAGCACCUGCAAUGUGCACGAAGUGUUGGAGCUUGCAGACAGGUUCCUCCUGGUGCAGCUGAAGGACUUCUGCGGCGAGUUCCUGAAGCGCAAGCUGAGCCUGGCCAACUGCGUGGCGGUGCACAGCCUGGCGCACAUGUACACGCUGGACCAGCUGGCGCUGCGCGCCGCCGACAUGAUCCGCCGCAACUUCCACAAGGUCAUCCAGGACGAGGAGUUCCUCACGCUGCCCUUCCACCUGGUGCGCGACUGGCUCUCGGACGCCGAGAUCACCGUGGACUCGGAGGAGGCGCUCUUCGAGGCCGUGGUCAAGUGGGUGCAGCGGAACCCCCUGGAGCGCGAGCGCUACUUCGAGGAGCUGUUCCGCCUCCUGCGGCUGCCGCAGAUCAAGCCCACGUACCUGACGCGCGCGGUGAAGAACGAGCGGCUGGUGGCGGCCAGCGAGCCGUGCCUGCGGCUGGUGGCCGAGGCCGUGGAGGGCCACGCCAUCCGCUUCGAGAGCCUCAAGUCGGCCGACGUGGAGCUGUGGUCGUCCUACGCCGCCGCCUUCCAGCCGCGCUUCGGCCAGAACAUGGACGUCAUCAUGGUGGUGGGCGGCGUGUCGGAAGGCGGCGACUACCUCAGCGAGUGCGUGGGCUACUUCAUCUACGAGGACCGCUGGGUCAACCUGCCGCACAUACACAACCACCUGGACGGGCACGCCAUCGCCGCCACGGACGCGCACGUGUACGUGGCCGGCUCCAUGGAGCCCGGCUUCGCCAAGACGGUGGAGCGCUACAACCCCAACCGCAACACCUGGGAGCAGGUGAGCAACCUGACCACGCGCAAGCACUCCUUCGGCCUGACCUGCGUCAAGAACAUCCUGUACGGCAUCGGCGGCCACGGCAACUUCAUCCCGGGCUUCAAGGACGUCAGCGUGUACGAGCCCGAGCAGGACCGCUGGCACAACCUGGAGUCGGCGCCCAAGAUCCUGCGCGACGUGAAGGCCGUGAGCGUGGAGGACCGCUACGUGUACGUGACGGCGCGCACGCCCGUGGACACGGACAACGAGGACGGGCUGAAGACGGUGACCACGCGCUACGACACGGAGACGCGCCAGUGGCAGGACGUGGACUCGCUGCCGCUCAUCGACAACUACUGCCUCUUCCAGAUGGCCGUGGCCUCCACCAACUUCUACCACACGGCCUCCUGCUGCCCCAAGAGCUACUCGAGCGUGCGCGACGAGUCGGCGCGGCAGAAGAUCAGCGGCCGCGUCUCAGACGAGAUCCUGGAGAGCCUGCCGCCCGAGGUCAUCGGCGUGGAGGGCGCCGCCAUCUGCCACUUCCACCAGGACGUCUUCGUCAUCGGCGGCUGGAAGAACAGCGACGACGUGGACAAGCAGUACCGCAAGGAGGCCUACCGCUACUGUGCCGAGCGCAAACGCUGGAUGCUGCUGCCGCCCAUGCCCCAGCCCCGCUGCCGCGCCACCGCCUGCCACGUGCGCAUCCCCUACCGCUUCCUCUACGGCUGCCAGCGCUACCCCAUGCCCCAGAACCUGGCGCGCCAACGCGACCGCAUGCAGCAGAUGCAGCAGCUGCACCGACGCACGCUCACCCUGCGCCGGCAGCUGCAGUCGCAGAUCGAGUGCUGAGCGGGGCCGAGAGAGAGAGAGAGAGAACGAACGACGUGAUGUGAUAUGAAGCGGAGCGGACGUGAAGCAAAGGGGUGGCUUCUUUUUUCCCAGAGGGUGGCACGUGAAGGGCACUCUUCCCCUAUCCCUCCCUUUCUUUCUUUCUUUCUUUCUUUCCUCCUUUCUCUUCCCUUCCAUCCUUCAAGCCCUUGUCCACUUCCCCAUCCUGUCUUCUCCUCUGUCCCCUCUCCUGCUCUCACGCGUCCUGAGUACACCUGUCCGUCGUCCCGCGCCCGCCGUAAGCACCAGUCUAGAAACGUAGGGAGUGUCCGUGUUGGCAAGGAAGUGUGUUUGUGUGGCCUUUUCAGGAGAAGGCACCAGGCUCCUUUCUCGCCGCUGCCAUCUUGCUAGUCAAGUCCUUCCAUCAACGUCAUGAGGCAUCAGCCAUAACUCUUGUGCGGUCUAGCUCCCACUUCCAUCCGCCUCCAUUUCCUUUCUAGACCGUUACCAAGACGAUCAGGCUCUCCGUUUAAAAGUGGUUUUGGUGUGAAGGGUGGCCUUGGAGUGUUUUCUUGUUGUUGUUGUUGAGGGGAAUGUUGGAUGACUGGUGGAUAUGGCUCAAUCAUUGGUGGUCAUAACCAUAUUGCACUGCAUCUAUGAGAUAUUCUUAGUUUUUGAGAGUUACGAAGAGAUGCCUUUCCUCCAUUGGUUAUAGGCCACUCGAAGAGGUAGUUAGUUAGCCAGAAUGUAUUGCGUCAAUAGAAUACCGAAACAAGAGACCAAAUUAUUGAAACCGCUUUUCUUUCCAAACCCAUGCACUUGCGGUGUGUAUUUUAUGUGUAUAUAAAGAGAGAACAGAGUAUAUAUAUGAAUAUAAAAUAUACUUGUGUACUUGAGUAUAUCCUCUUUUUGGCCAAACAAAUAAUAGGAGCAGGAUAUAUUAUGCGAUCACAAAUCAGAGCCAGGAAGGUCUACGUGGCCUAGUCUUAAUAUUACAGGCCACCAUUCAUUCCAGUCCAUUAUAUGUCUUAAAAGAAGACGCCGCUGUCAAAUAGAAAUGAUGCCCGAACUGACAUUCCAGCAUGAUACUGACCUUUGUAUUGAGGUAAAAUAGAUUCAGGCCAGACGGCGUAAGCAUUGCAUAGCUGGCUUUUUCUGCACUGGUAAAAGCCAUUUCUGAGACUUGCGCUUCUGGCUUUGCCAUUCCUUUUGGCUGUGUGUUUAAGGUUGGAGUUCACAGGUUGCAUCUAGGUAAAUCGACAAGUUCCGGAAAGAACAGUGAAAUUCUCUGAAGGUCAAUGGCUCUUGCUCAUUAAAAUUGUAUUUUUGUUUGUUUGUUUGUAUUGUUUUCCUCCUAUACAUCCUCCAAAAUAUCAUUCGGGUUAUUGUAGCUUGCUAUGUCUUUAUCUUUAUCACGACUCAUCACCAGCACACUGGGUCCACAUGAGUGGCGAGGAGACGAGAAGCUCAUAAGAUAUUCAUUAAUACAACACUAUUACACUAGCUGGAUUGAUAUAGAGACGAGGAGAGGAGAGGUCUUUAGCUGCAUCUCCUUGGUUACCUUGAUUUUACAUAAGCCUUCUGACAUUUCUGUUCAGCCGCAUUUCAUUCCACUGUAUGCUACGUUGUUGUUGUCUAUGUUGUUGGUUUGUUGUUUUGUUUUUAGCAUUAUUCCUAAAGGCAUAUCCACUUGGUGCAUAAAUAAUGUGGAUGGAUGAGCUAGGAUGACUUAUCUGGCCAUCCUAUAUAUGGUGCGCUUUUUUUGUCCUUUGCCCCAACAUGCCCUUUAAUCUUCUAUCUCAUCUCACUCCUCUUCCCCCUCUGCCUUCUGAUUCAAAAUAGGGUCUGCCGUUAACUGUCAGACUUUAUUUGCCCCCGUCCUCCAUAUAUGUGGCUGUAGCUGGCCGUUGUCUAAAGGGGGUAGAGGGAUGGUGGGGAGUAAGAUUAUAAGAAUGGUAUAGGCAGUGGCAAAAGUGUAAUAUGUGUUUAAAAAAAAGUUUAUUCAUCUGCUAAGCAGUGCUCAGCAGAGCUUUAAAAGGUGAUAAAGUGCACUUUACAGCACGGACGACUUUAUUGUUUGCUUUUAUUAUUGACUAUUUACUUUUUACCAUGACUUUGUUCUAUUUAAGAAAAAAAUCGAGUACAGUCUUUAUUUGAAAAGUUAUGAAUGUUGUAAGAGGCUAAUCGUCACCUCUUGGUUUUCACCUCACUGGGGUGAAGGAGAGGAGGCCCAGUAUCUUCUCUUGUCCACAGUAACCAUGGAUACGAAUGGAUGAAUGAUGUGAUGUGAUCAAUAUCAAUGAGCACCUACUGUCUUUUUUUUUCGGCUCAGUUCCUUGAGUAUUUGUGGACUCAUUUUACCAUUGAAAUAUCGUUCCAAUUAAAUCAAAAUUCCAAUCAUUACAAUUUAGUCCUUUUUUUAAAAUAAUAAUUUCUCACUGCCUACAUGUAUUGCAUUCCCUGUUCCCUCUCUCUUAUCUAUGCAGCCCUUUGCUGUCAAGCAUAUGUCAUCUUUUUUUUUCUUUCACCCGAUGUCUGCAAUAUGUGUGCCUGUAUAUUUGAUGAUAACGCACUUAAUGACCAUUGUAUUCUGUGUAAAAGAAAACAAAACAAAACAGGAAAAACAGAUUUAAGUUGCUGUGAGAGACUCAUUGAAGAAAGUUGCUUUUGUUUUCCCCAACACUACAGAGUUUGGUUGCUACCAUAUGAUAUAGCUGGACUGAGGAGGAGCUGGACUGGGGAGACUUAAUGUCUUAAUGAAUAGCGUGUUUGCAAAGUGACAUUUUAGUUUUGUCCGAGAUAUCAAUCAAAAACCCACAAUGCUUUGCCAGGGGGAGGCGUCACGAUGACUCUGAUUGUACAAAUUUGUAUGAAAACAUAUUCUGACACCGUUCUGUCUUAAGUUAAGCCAUGUUGCUAUCUCUGAGCCGCAGCAGAGAGAUCUAAAAUGGUUUAGAGGUGGGAAAUGCAUGCUGAAGAGUUACUGAGCCUGCUGACAAAAUCAUGCAGAAAAGAUCAGCCAUUUCCGAGCUCUUUGCCGACUUGUAUAGUAAUUUUAAAAAAAGUGAGUCAUGAGUAUAUUUUAGGCUUUGCAUGUCGUGAACAUUGUAAUACUACAAAUACAAACUGAAAUGCUGAAAAAAAUUAAAUCAUUUUUUUAAUAGAGGUUUUUUUUUCCGUUCUCCAUUUAGUGGUCACUGCUGUCUAAAGAAUUCAUGCAACAGACACUAAAUCCAUGUCCAUACUUCAAACCAGCAAAAAUGUGUAGAGGACGAUCGCCUGUAUCAUCAGCCCCCACCCCUCUAUACGAAGAAAUAGAAAAAUAUGUGGAUGCAAUAAAAAAAUAAAUAGAA